UGGCGCGUGUGAUCGUCGUGCGUUGCCCAAGAGUCGUACACUGCAUUCGUAUGUGCGUGUACAUAAUAUUAUAUAUAUAUGUAGGCAUAAGAUAUCGUUCACACAUACGACAAAUAUAAUAUAAAUAUAUUAUAGCCGUCGAGAGGCGAUGCAGUGGUAACGGCGUCGCGAAAAAAAAAAAACACCAAGCUCGACAAUUCAAAAAUCCGUUUUUACGUCACCAUAUAAUAUAUAACAGUUAAAAAAAAAGUUUUUGAAAAGUCACUCUUAAAGCGCGUAUCGCGGUCGCCGUCUUAACAGGUACAUAGUAUCUGGUACCUGCGCGUAAUAACGUCGUCGAGAUCGUCGUAUCGUAAUAUCAUUAUAUUAUAUGCGGUCACAGGAAGGAUUUAUUCCCGUACCUACACAUUGAUAUAGUCGUUCGUAACGCGUUUAUUUACACUCGCCGGUUCUGCGAUCGAGCUGAUUUUUAAUCUACGAUCGUCGACAUGCCGCCAGGGGCACACUGUCGGGGCGGCAGUGGCGGUGACGUCAGCCGUCCGCGCGGCGGCCAGAACGGAAACGAUCGGACGACGUAGAAAAGAAGAAGUGCUUUACGAGAGCGACGGCCAAAAGGAGCAGGAGAAGGAACGGCAAAGGCCUUAGCGACGAUGUUCGCGGCGGCCACGGCGGCGGCGGCAGCGGCCACGGGCGCGGUAAACGGGACGGCCGAGGCGACCACAGCGGCGAUGGCCGCGACCACCAUCGCCGCGGCGUCGACCACGGCCUCGGCGGCGACCACGGCCUCGGGCGCUCUGGCCACGGCGGUGGCCGGGACGGGCGCGACCGCCAUUUCGGGCGGCGCCGUGGACGCGCUGCUGGACGAGCUGGCCGACCAGGCGCGGUUCUGCGGUUACGUGGCCAAGUGCGCGGCCAUGUGCUUCAUAGUGGUGGCCGCGCUGUUCGGCAACCUGUUGGUCAUGGUGAGCGUGAUGCGGCACCGCAAGCUGCGGGUGAUCACCAACUACUUCGUCGUGUCGCUGGCCCUGGCCGACAUGCUGGUGGCCAUAUUCGCCAUGUGCUUCAACGCCAGCUUCGAGCUGACCGGCCGCUGGAUGUUCGGCCGGUUCAUGUGCGACGUGUGGAACUCGAUGGACGUGUACUUCUCCACCGUGUCCAUACUGCACCUGUGCUGCAUCAGCGUGGACAGGUACUACGCCAUCGUCCAGCCGCUCGACUAUCCGCUGAUCAUGACCAAGGCCCGGACGGUGGUCAUGCUGGCCUCGGUGUGGGUGUCGCCCGUGCUCAUAUCGUUCGCGCCGAUAUUCGCCGGCUGGUACACGACGGCCGCGCACGACCACGAACGGCUCCGUCACCCGGACGUGUGCGCGUUCGUCGUCAACAAGCAGUACGCCGUCGUGUCGUCCAGCGUGUCGUUCUGGGUGCCGGGCGUCAUCAUGCUGUUCACGUACUACCGCAUCUACCAGGAGGCCGACCGACAGGAGCGCAUGCUCUACAGGAGCAAAGUGGCCGCGGCACUACUAAACAAGCACCUACAGAUCAACGGCAUAAGCGCACUCGGGGCGCUGUCGAAUUCAGAUGCUGUGAAGGACGUCGAUGUGGAAACGGAUCCGGAUUCGGGAGCUUUCCGACCAGCGGCCUCGAGUAACAAAAUGAAACGGGAACGGAAAGCGGCCCGUACCUUGGGCAUCAUUAUGUCCGCAUUCUUGGCAUGUUGGCUACCUUUUUUUACAUGGUACAUGAUGAGCUCGCUGCUGGAAGCCGGCCCGUGGAUGCCUCGGUGGGUGACGGUGCUCGUGUUCUGGGUGGGCUACUUCAACUCGGCCCUCAACCCGCUCAUCUACGCGUACUUCAACCGGGAGUUCCGGGUGGCGUUCCAGAAGACGCUGCAGAGCUGCUGGCCCAGGUCGCCGCCGUGGUGUCCGCCUUGCCUGCGCCGCCGGUACGAGCAAUCGCGCAACGACACGGCCACGCCGACCGCGGCUUUCGGCCAGCAGAACAUGUACAACUACAGCAACGCUUCCGAAGUGCAUUACAUGAACCCGGCUACCAUAGGUCUGCUCCAGAACAACGGCGGCAGUGGCGGAAACGGAUGUCGUAUCGAACAGAACGUCCUGUAGAAAGACACGCAAAAAAUAAAAACAACGCAACACGUAUGCGUACGUAUAGCUAAUUUUCCUCUCCACCCCUCACCCCCCCCCCCCCCCC